AUGAAAGUGUUAAGCAGCUGUAAUACCUCAAAGACACUAAAUGCUGGGAACAUGGAGAGCCUGAUCGAGUGCCAGUUGGAGGCUGAUGCCAAGAAAUGCCCCCCGCUUGUCCCAGCAGAUGCUGAAGAUGGACUUUUCCACUUGACUGCAGACAGAACAAAGAGAAGAAAGAAGGUGAUAUCACAGUCAUUUACUCUGAGACGAAGCUCUACCAACAGGAAUUCCACAGGGCAGCUAGACUCCGGUGCCAAAAUCACUCUGUUUGGCCAGCCUCUGUCAAUAAUCUGUGGGGAAGAUGACACACUGCCCCAACCAGUCCAGGAUCUCCUAGCUAUAUUGUAUAUGAAAGGACCUUCCACUGAAGGGAUAUUCAGAAAAGCUGCCAAUGAGAAAGCACGAAAGGAGUUGAAGGAGGACCUAAACAAAGGCGGGAACGUUGAUUUGAAAAGCAAAUCUGUGCACCUGCUGGCAGUGGUCUUGAAGGACUUCCUCCGGAAUAUUCCCUCCAAACUCCUGUUGGUUGACCUCUAUGAGAAGUGGAUGCAAGCUCUGGAGAAGCCAAGCAAGGAGGAAAAAAUUGAAGAAUUGAAAGAGGUGGCUGACAAACUGCCUAGACCAAACCUUGCCUUGCUCAAGCACUUGCUGUCCCUGCUCCACCACAUCAGCCAAAAUGCUGAGACCAACAGGAUGGACUCCAGCAAUCUGGCCAUCUGCAUUGGCCCAAACAUGCUGGGCCCAGAGACAGACAACAUGCUCCCGCUGGAAGUGCAGAAGGAGAUGAAUGACAAGGUGACGGUGUUGGUGGAGUUCCUCAUAAACAACUGCUCAGAAGUAUUUGGGGAGGACACUGCCUUGCCCAUCUGUGCCUUGGCUGAGGAGUCGCUGGAGCUCACAGACAGCUCCACAGAACACCUAUGUGCUGCUCAUCAGAAUGACUCUGCCUAUGACAGCCCAGAUCCUGAAGGUGAAGGCAGCCCUCGUACCUCUCAGGUGGAGCAGCCCAAAGGGAGGAGCACUAGUGUGAGCAGAAGAUAUCCAUCAUGCAUCUCUGCCCCUUCACUGGCUAAUUUCAGAAAUGACAUCAGCACAAUGGACAGGAGGUACUCGGAGCCAGACCUGUCCUUCCAGAACCGCCUUGAAGGCAGGAUAAGGAAACAGAAGCUAAACAAAAGUGAGGUUUUUCAGCAGAAACAGCUAGGGUUGGAGGCACUGGAGAAAUGUCUCACAAUCUUGCCUUCACAAUUAUCAACUGACUCUCUACCUAAAACACCCUCCAGUUGCUCCCUGGAGAGCUCUGAUGGCUCGGUCUUCACCAGCUCCCCAGUAGUUUCACCCUCUAGUCCCAAAAAAACCUUUUUAAAUAGGCCCCAGUCCUUUUCCACCAAGGCCACUGAAGACUGCAGUAUGCCUAGCAAAGAGAUCAAGAAGCAUUCCAUGUCAUUCUCUUUUGCAAACUGCAGGAAAACACUAAUAAAAACCCAGAGUUGGGGGCCUGGAAAAAACAUGGGUUUUCAGAGAGACAGUUUCACAACGAAAGAAGAUGAGUUCUCCUGCAGAGUUGUCCAGAACAGCCCUGAUGAUGACAAACCAUUGCCUGUGGCAUACCAGCAAAGGCCCCGUUUCAGGUCAGCUGAUGAAGUGUUCAGAGAGGUAGACCAGAGGAAUCCUGGAAAACCACCCUCUUACGAAGAGGCUACAAAAAACUGCCUGGCCACUAAAGUUCCCUCCAACAAUCUCACGGUUCAAACUAUGAGGUUAAAGGUGUCACACCAGGAUGAUUUGCCACCUCAUCCACGCAGCAGCUGUGCACAGGACGCAGCACGUACGGCUCUAAGGGAUCUACCCAGUGGCAGAGUUUCUGCAGGGAAGGAUUCUGAUGUGGACACCGAAACUCUCAGUGUCACCGUUGGAAUAAACUCCCGUGUGAGUUUACCUGUGACCCCGGGAGUUUACCGAUUGAGAGCCAUGUCUGAAUCCUAUCAAAAGAACAAACUUGAGUAUGUGGCUCGGAGGUGCAGCCAGCCAGUUUUUGAGGUAGACCAGAUCCAGUAUGCUAAGGAAUCCUAUGUUUAA